AUGAAAAUAUUUUGUUUGUAGCGACAAGACGCGAGAGAAGCCCAACCGCCGCGGCUCAUCCGGACUCUGCGGCUCCAGGGCGGUGUACUCGGGACCACCAGCCGCUCAGAGUGACUGUUUCUCGGCGUGGACGCGGUGGAGAUGUCCGUGGACAUGGAGGAGCUGAAGCACCAGAUCAUGAUAAACCAGUUCGUGUUGACGGCGGGUUGCGCGGCGGACCAGGCGCAGCAGCUGCUCCAAGCGGCCCACUGGCAGUUCGAGACGGCGCUUAGUUCAUUUUUCCAAGAGGCCAACAUCCCGAGCCCCCAUCAGAUGUUGCCGAGGAACACUCCUGCCACUCCGCCCAGUUUCCCUGACGCCAUGGCGAUGUUCUCAAACCUUCGGGCGUCGGACUGCGGCUCACCUCCGCCCUCGGCCCUGCCUCCCUCCUCCCACCUGCACGUGCACGCCCCCGCUCACAUGCACGCCCCUCCUCACCUCCACGUGCACUGCUGCCAGCCCCAGUGGCCGCCCGUGUCGCAGCCAGGCACCGCGACGCAGCAGCCUGUGCCCGGGCAGAGAUGAGGCACAGCGCUCCCUGCUGGUACGAACUGGGACUACACUAACACUGAAGCAGAGGAUCAUGGGAGGCUGCUACGAAAGAGGCAGCGGCGUUUUUUGGGACUUGGAUUAUGAAUAUAUUAUGGAUGUUUCGACAGAACCGGCAGAGAUAUGGUAGCGCCUCCUCGUGGACAUUUGUGGUACUGCAAUAAAGAGUUUGCUUAUAAUGUAGAACAGCAAAAAGAUGCGAGUUAUUGUAGCCUUAAAAUGGAGAAUUUUAUUAUAGUUUUGUAAAGGUAUUCUAUCCAAAAUUUUCUAGAAUGCAUUUUUGUUUUUGAAAAAUGCUGUGAUGGGUUGAAGGUCAUGGUGUCUGAACAGUAAACAAUUGUCUUUAUUUAGGUUUGAUAAUGAGAUUUUGUAAGGAACAUUUUUUACAGUGAAGGCUGGCGGAUGGCGUGCUCUGAUUGGUCGUUAUAAAUUGGUUUAUUUUAACAUACGUACAGUGCAAUCCAAUGUGAAGUCAGUGAAUUGAACUGGUUUGAACAAUCACCCACUAUCAUGUUCUAUGCUUCCUGUUAUAUGCGACAUUUUGAGAACUUUUUCCCAAUUCAAAAGAGCUGUGUUCUCCACACCAGAAAAACUACGCAGUUCACCUUUAAAGUAACAUGUUUGAUCCAUCCCCCUUUUUAGACAAACAACCAAUCAGAACCAACCCACCAUUCAGACGUGCCAGCAUCGACCAAUUGGGUGACAAAGCUGUAAUUUGCAGAACUAUAUUAAUGAGAAUUGGAUUAUUAAUAAAGAAGAGGAUCAUGGGAGAUUUUAUUACAACUCUGAUGGAGACAGCCACAAAGUCACGAGGAGCCAUUUUGGAUCUACAGUUUCACCUUUGAAAAUGGAUGAAUAACAAGAACCACUUUAGAGAUUUUUUUUUUGUUUUACUUUUUUUCAAAUAUUUUACAAAACCAACUUCUCGUUUAUUUGGAUAUAACCCUGCAGACCACCGCCUCGGACAAACAUAAACUAGAGAAGCUAUUUCUACUGAUUCAGCUGUUACCUCGGUCAUCUUUGUUUUACUAACGCUCUACUAAUGCAUGUAGUCUGGCCUAUACACUGCAAUGAGUAAAAGGUGUGAUCUUGUUUUUAUUUUGUAUUUAGCUAGGACUUAUUUCAAUGUAGUUUUAAUGUUUUUUUAAGGGAAUGCAUCUGGAGAGAGGGUUGCUGUUGUAAUCUAUUGGGAAAUAGUAAUGUUUCAAGCUAAAAUUUAAAUCUAACUAAUUUAAUCAAAAUUAGUGAAACUACUUAAAUCAAAAUGUAUAGGGCACUUGCUUUGUUUCUAGGCGGGACAAGAAUGACAAGAAUCGAGGGUUUGUGUAUUGUUUUGACUUGAGUGGCAGUACCAUAAGUGUCCAUGAGGGGGAGGAGACACUACACGGGUGUAGGGCUCUUACUGACGUCACUGGACCUCACUGGGAGAGUGUGUUUAGGACGACGACUGGAGAUGUUUGUGUUGCGUUCGAGUUUGUUUGUACUUUUCUUAUCGUUUGUCACUGGAGCCAUUUUAGUUUGUUUUGAGAAAUUAAUAAAGCCAUGAGCUGGACAUUUUUUGGAAGAAA